CCCCAAGAAAACUCCAAGAGAAAAUUGAGAAAUUUUUGGAAGAUUUUUGCAUGAUUUAGAGAUUUCUUUGCUGAGAAAUCUGAUUAAGAAAGACUAGAAAACAGGAAAUUCUGUUGUAAUCAAAAUGCAAGAAAUUGGGAUGAAUAACCAACAUAAUAACAAAAAAGAGAGAUUUGAUGGUUCAAUUGUGAAGCAAAUGGUACAUUUUGUGUUCUUCUUGGUUGUUUGCAUCUGGUUGCUUUACCAGAUUCAUUACACAGUUUAUAUCAGAGAAGAUUAUGGUUGUGAUGACAUAGAUAACAAGUUGCGAGACGAACGUAUUAGGAAAGUGUUAGGCCGUAAAGGGGGUUUAAGAUCAUCAUCUUACAAUGCUGAGGGGAUGGAAUUGUAUGGAAUAGACUCAAUUGCAGCAGCUGAAAGAAUCAAACAUGUCGCGAUUGAUAAUGAUGAAGGCGAAGAUAGUACAGGAGAUGGUAAUGUGUUAGAUUGGAGUAACUUUGGAGAAUUUCCAACCAAAGAGGGUGAAAUUACUGAGAAAUUGCAGGAGAUUAUGGUGAAUACUUCAACAGUAGAUGAAGUGAAAAAUACAAGUGAUUUAGAUCAGUCUUUAGUAAGAGUUGGUGCUGUGAUCUUGAAAAAGGAUGAUAAAGAAAUGGGAGCUUUUCGAGUUAAUGAUGAAACUCGUGUUUCAAAACAUGAUUCCGCGCCUUCAAGGAGGAUUGAUAUCCAGGUUGAGGGGAUCAUGUUAAGCGCGGUAAAUGUAAGAAAGGAAAUGGAAGAAUGUCAGAAAUUCUGUUUACAGAAUAUUUCUGAAAAACAAAGCUUAAAUAAGUCCACAAUGAAAGAAGUUCAUGAAGAAGUGAAAGACAUGGAAAUAGUUGAAUAUGGAAAAGGAAGUAUGCGAGAACUUCUUUAGAAAGAACCAGCAAUUUUUAAUGUCAGAUUUCAGUAACAGUUAUCCUGCUUCACAGUGGAUAAUGUAAAAACUUCUUCCACUUUUGUGUAUUAACGUUUUUUCUCUGCUUAGAUAAAUAGCAGUCUAGUGUAGUAGUGUGUAUAGAAAUAGAGAUACCAUUCUUGUAUCCGCGUUUCAUAGUCAAUAAUGAUGAACAUACUACUCGUGGUUCAGUUUUGAUCGGUUGAGUCAUUCAUGGUGAAGUUAUUUCUAAUCAUGUCAGUUGGAAUGUUCGAAAUGCAGAUUGAUAUA